GAAUUUCGGAAAUCUUCGACUCAAAAGAUCCCCCAAAAGAAGCAAAGUAGUCUUAUCCGGCGCUAGGAGUAGAUCGUUAAAAACUAAACUGCAAAUCAGUCGUAUUUUGUGUUGGCUAAAGUAGUAGAAGAAAUCCCCAACAAAUAAUAAUAAUUGAAUACUUCUAAGUUAUCUUUAAAAUAACUGAAAUAUUCAAUUAUCUUCUCUAGUUAACUGUUCAUUAGUUUUUCAUUCAGAGUGAUGAUCAAUUGAAGUGAAUAGAAUUUCCUAAAUAAGAUUUGGAUAGUUUCCAAUUUGACGAUUGUCAUGUUAUUAGAAGAGUGUGAACCCAACAGUUUCCAGCCAAACAGUGUUAUAGACUGCUUUAACAAUGGACCAGGACCUGUUUAUCCUUCUAAUCUGCCGGGUAGUGGGAAUUCAAGGCGAUUUUCGGUCACAUCUCUAUUGCAGUUGGAUAGUGCAGUGAAUACAAGUCAUAGCGACGAUGAGGAAGAUGAGGAUGGGAAACGAAGAGGUAAACCGAGAAGGAAUAGGACGACGUUCAGCAGUGCUCAACUGAGUGCACUGGAAAGGGUGUUCGAACGAACACAUUAUCCUGACGCCUUCGUCAGAGAAGAGUUGGCAAGGAGGGUCGGCCUGAGUGAGGCUAGAGUUCAGGUUUGGUUUCAGAACCGGAGAGCAAAGUUCAGAAGAAAUGAGAGGACUCUGCUCACUCAGAGAGGAUCCACCGUGAGAAGUAAUGUAGACUCCUCAACACUGUCAGAAACACCCCUAGCUCCCCGAACGGCAGCACCCCAUCUCACAACAAGUCCUGCCUAUACAAACGGCGAUUUCUUCAGAUCAGCAGCUUGGAAGGCAUCACCACAAUUUGCUCUUCUCCCACCUCCACCCACAACUGGAUCAACAUGUGCUUUCAUGGCAUCAGGUCUACCAACCGCAACAUAUAACUCUGUGGCUACAUCCUUGACGCAUUCUCUCCACGAUGCAUGCAGUAUGACCAACAGCAUUGCCAGUCUUCGUUUAAGAGCUCACGAGUACGCUUACCAUUCAACGCACUUCUGAUUUUUUCUGAAAUUGAAAUUAUAUUCAUCAACAAGAAAUAUUCAUCAACUUUAAUUCAACCAUUUUUGUAGGUUGUUAGUCAAUCUAAGGUAUCAAUAAAAUUGUGACUUGAUUCGAUUCAAUUCAAGGUUCCAUACCAGAGUUUUGAAUGAAUUUUCUAAAAACGUAUUCUUCAGGACUAAAGGAACUACGGUACCAAUUAUCUCUCACUGUUUCAUGGAGUAAUAUCCAAAGAUUAAUGCUGCCUUAACAAAAUUGUACAGCUAUUUAAUUUUUUAUUAGACCUAAUAAAAAUAUUUUCAUCAAAAUCUUCA